AUGGAUUCGACAUUUGAUCUGAGCACCACGCAUUACGGAGUGUUGCGUGGAAAUGCCGUCGAGUCAGUGGUGGAAUUCUUGGGCGUUCCAUACGCCGAAUUACGAGAUCGGCUGGCGGACGCAGAAUUGAUCAAAACUCGCCAGGGAGGAAUCUUAGAUGCCACCAAGGAUGGACCAACCGCUAUUUCUCCCCGACAAGGCUGUCAUUUAGAGCAGGAGGCAAUACAACAUACACUUCCACCAAAGGAUUUGCCUCAGUCGGAUCGCCACUGCUUGAACUUGAAUAUUACCACGCCCCGGGUUUCUCUACAAUCCAAGUCCAAGCUUCCUGUGUUUGUCUUCAUCCAUGGAGGAGGGUACGCUCUGGGGGCAAAUUCGUGGCCCCAAUAUAGUCUACAACGGCUCAAUGAAUUGUCCGUUCGCUGCAAUCGUCCUGUUGUGACCGUGGGUAUCAACUACCGACUAGGUGUAUUCGGAUUCCUCACGUCAACAGAGCUACGCGAGGCAGGAUAUUCACCCAACAACGGUCUCAGGGACCAGCGCGUUGCUAUUGAAUGGGUGCAUCGACACAUCCAAUGUUUUGGCGGCGAUCCAUCCAAUAUCACCAUUGCAGGCUCAAGCGCUGGUGGGGCAAGUGCCUUGUUGCAUCUUCACUCCGAAACUCCACUUUUCCGACAGCUCAUUAGCCUGAGUGGUACAUAUCUUCUUCUGCGACCAACAACUCUCGACGCACAAGAACGCGCUUACCAAAAGGCCCUCGACUCAUGGGGAUUGUCGGCCGCAACGCCAGGCGAAAGAAUUAGGUACUUACUAGAAACUCCUGCCGAGGAACUUUUCAGAAAUUGUUCGAUUUCAGUAAUGCCAUCGAUUGAUGGAGAUCUAAUUCCUACAGACACUUCGUUUGCCGAAGUCGCUGACCCAGAUGGUCUACAUCCGAUUGGGAAAAAAUGGUGCCAAUCGAUUCUCAUCGGUGACGCUGCUAUGGAUGCCAGUAUCAUUGAUUUUGUUCAACCGGAGCUGUCACGCAAUUGCGCCGCCCGUUUUAUCAAACUAGUAAAUACUAACCUCCCACAAGCAGCAGCCGUUGCUCUUCUCCAGAAGUAUCACCUUCUGGAUGAAGAUAGUGACUCUCAGGCAUUUCUAAAGAUACUCGAUUAUUUGAACCAUGUGACAUUCAAUCAACCUUCUCUGGCCUUCUCUAUGGGCUGGUCCAACCGCGCCCAUCUCUACUAUUUCAACGAGGGAAACCCAUGGGAUGGUCCAUACCAAGAAAAAGCAACCCACCUCCUGGAUAUAGCCUACCUAACUCAGAAUUUCUCCGAAUUCCUCUCAAAGGAGCAAAAUGAGCUUGCUUUAAGAUUCGCCGAAGAUAUUUUAAAGUUUUGCCACGGGUUAAAACCAUGGCCUGCAACAGGAACCAAUUUCCACUUGCGCCUCUACGGACCAACUCAUGCCGGAUGUAUGACAAAAGAUUCAACAAAACCCUUUGGACCGGAAGUAAACAGGCAAGACGUGAUGGCCAAUUUACCCGAGACUGUAUCAAGAGAUACGCUUAUAAGCAUCGCUGAGCAAUUCAAGUCCAUAUGA